AAAGUAAUCCACUAUUCAACUCUGCUUAGAUCGAUCCAUUUCUCGUUAAAAUGGAUCGGUUUUUGAUCGUACUCGUUGCAAUUUUAGGACUUCCCAGGUUAAGCUACGGUGAAUCGGUGAUGAAAUAUGGAGCGGUCGGGGAUGGAAUUGCCGAUGAUACAUCUGCGUUCCAAAAGGCGUGGGAGGACGCAUGUAAGGGAAGCUCCAAAAUGGGAAGUGUAAAUGUACCAGCAGGGAAGGUGUUCCUCCUCAACUCCCUUCACUUCACGGGUCCUUGCAUACCCAAACCUCUCCUUUUCAUUAUCGAUGGAGAGAUGAUAGCGCAGAGUGAUCCACGGAAGUGGGAAAAUGGUGAGAACGGGGUAAUACCAUGGCUCAUAUUCGAUCAAGUGGAUGGACUUGCAAUCGUAGGGCGAGGCUUGUUGGACGGCCAAGGCAAAUCAUGGUGGGAUAUUCAUUGUAGAGACCAUCCCGGACCCAACUGCAUCUGGCUUGCACCAACGAUGAUGACAUUUAGCAACUGCGGAAAUGUAACAUUAAAGAGUUUGAGAUUCAGAAAUAGUGCACAAACACAUGUUCUUGUGAUGGGAAGCCAAAAUGUGUAUAUAAAUGAUAUCAAAAUAACCUCACCGGAGGCUAGCCCUAACACCGACGGUAUUCACAUCACAUCUUCCACUGCCGUUUCUAUCAAUCACUCUGACAUCGCCACUGGUGAUGAUUGUGUGUCUAUCGGAGAUCAAGUGAAUAAUUUGAAUGUUACUUUUAUGAAUUGCGGACCUGGUCACGGUGUGAGCAUUGGGAGUUUAGGUAGAGGAGGAACAGAGGUAGCAGUGGAAAACAUACGUGUGUGGCACGUUAACUUCACGGGAACAACAAACGGAGCUCGAAUCAAGACGUGGCCUGGAGGAACUGGUUACGUCCGAGGAAUCGAGUUCUUCGACAUCCGUUUCUCGUCUGUACAAAACCCCAUCAUCAUUGACCAGUUCUACGGUUGUGCCCCUAAAUGCGUUGAGACUAGAAAGGCAGUUCACAUAGAGAAAGUGAGAUACAUGAAGAUGAGUGGAACAUCGGCGACAAAGGUGGCUAUGAAGCUCGAGUGUUCAGGGGAGAGUGUCCCAUGUUCCAACCUUUUGAUGAGAGACAUUGACUUAUCUCCAGCCGAUGGCAUUGAUUCUGUCUCCUCUCUCUGCUCUUUUGUUCACGGCUCCGCACAAGGCCUCAUCCGACCUUCUUCUUCCACUGGUAUUGCAUAUGUUUCAACUGACUCCAAUCAGAUCCAGGGUUUGAAACCUCUUGAGGAGCCUGCCCUUGUCAAGCUUAAAUCUGAGCGAGAUCCCGAGAAGCUAUUCAAGCUCUUUAAAGCUAAUGCCACUAACCGUUUGGUGAUUGAGAAUCGAUUUGCUUUUGAAGAUACGGUUUCUAGAUUAGCUGGGGCAGGUCGGCUUGAUUUCAUUGAGGAUCUGCUUGAGCAUCAGAAGACACUUCCACAAGGUAGGCGCGAGGGUUUCAUUGUUAGGAUUAUUAUGUUGUAUGGCAAGGCUGGAAUGACGAAGCAAGCACUUGAUACUUUCUACAAUAUGGAUUUAUACGGUUGCAAAAGAUCUGUUAAGUCCUUCAAUGCCGCUCUUCAAGUCUUAUCUUUCAAACCUGAUCUCCACACCAUCCGGGAGUUCCUUCACGACGCUCCAGCAAAGUAUGACAUUGAUAUUGAUGCAGUUUCUUUUAACAUUGCCAUUAAAUCUUUCUGUGAGCUGGGUAUUCUUGACGGGGCGUAUAUGGCAAUGAGGGAGAUGGAGAAAUCAGGGUUAAAACCAGAUGUAGUUACAUAUACUACGCUUAUAUCGGCGUUUUACAAGCACGAGAGGUGUGUGAUUGGAAAUGGAUUGUGGAACCUUAUGGUCCUCAAGGGCUGUAGGCCUAAUCUCACCACUUUUAAUGUUAGGAUUCAGUUUUUAGUCAAUAGGAGACGAGCUUGGGAUGCAAAUGAUCUGUUGCUGUUGAUGCCAAAACUCCAGGUAGAACCGGACAGCAUAACAUAUAACAUGGUUAUCAAAGGGUUUUUCCUUGCGAGGUUCCCUGACAUGGCGGAAAGGGUUUAUACAGCGAUGCAUGGUAAGGGGUACAAACCCAAUGUGAAGAUAUACCAGACGAUGAUUCACUAUUUGUGCAAGGCAGGAAAUUUUGAUUUGGCUUAUACAAUGUGCAAGGAUUGUAUGAGAAAGAAGUGGUACCCAAACUUGGACACAGUUGAGAUGUUGCUCAAAGGGCUUGUGAAAAAGGGCCAGCUUGAUCAGGCUAAGUCGAUCAUGGGGUUAGUUCACAAACGAGAUGAUUUGGGAACUUCAAUGGAGGAUACUCACUCGAGAGCAAAAUGGCAUACACAAAGUAGUGGUGACCAUGUUCUGAAGAAACCGAUAGAAUCAUUGUCUGGUGAUGCAAGCAAUGAGCCCUGGAAAAUUCAGUUAUGCGCGUAUACUUCGGAUUCUAAGCUUUGUUGGUACGAUCGAGCCAACGUUCUGUUUCUUGUGGGGAAAAUGAAGGAAGAUACUACCGGAAACCCUCUGCAUAUCAAGUCUUUGAAUCACAUCUCUCUCCUCUGCCGAUCCGUCGAGGAAUCCAUUAGCUUUUACCAUAACGUUUUAGGGUUCCUCCCCAUUCGCAGACCUGGCUCUUUUGAUUUCGAUGGCGCUUGGUUGUUUGGACAUGGAAUUGGGAUUCAUCUUCUUCAAUCUCCUGAACCUGAGAAAUUACUCAAGAAAACAGAGAUUAAUCCCAAGGACAAUCACAUUUCUUUCCAGUGCGAAAGCAUGGAAGCGGUGGAGAAGAAGCUCAAGGAGUUGGGGAUAAAGUAUGUGAGAGCAGUGGUGGAAGAAGGAGGCAUCCAAGUGGACCAACUCUUCUUCCACGACCCUGAUGCCUUCAUGAUUGAGAUCUGCAACUGCGACAGCCUCCCCGUUGUCCCUCUCGCUGGCGAGAUGGCUCGUUCCUGCUCUCGACUCAAUAUCCGCCAGCUCGUCCACCCCUAGUUCUCUGUCUUCCCUAAUUUCUGUUUUCGUAAAUAAUUUAAGUAGUGUCCAUGCAUGUGUUUGUCUCUUUGAUUGCGUGUGAAUAUCAUUGCCUGUAAUAAAACAGAGGUAGUUGAUGUGAUUCCUCAACCGGGAAAAUGACCAUUUGCUUCACUCUGGUCUCUCUCUACCCUCAUCAGUUGAGAAACCAAACUCUCUCUCUCUUUUCUUGUUUUCCUUCUAAUACUUGUGGUUAUGAUAUCAACAAGAAAAUCUUAUAAUACAAUUGAAAUUGCCUU